AGGACAGAGAGAGGGGAACUGUCAUUUAGUGAAGCCAAGCACAGAGAGAUACCUGGAUACCUUUUCUGCGUGUGCCUCUCAGCUACAGCGACCGGGAUUGACUUUGGCUGCAAUGACAUUAGAACUCACCUGGGCAGCAUACACAGAAACACAAAUACACACAUUUUUUGGCUCUACACUCUACUCUUUUUCAGAGUAGUUAUAGCUCAGAGGCAGGAGCCCUACUGUUUUUUUCUCUGGUGUGCAGCCUGUAGUAGGUCGCCGGCGAUGUCGUGGGACUGUGGCCUGAAGUACAUGUUCUCCGCAUCCCCUGCACUGCAGCCGGGGAGCAUGUGUAUCCUGCAUGAUAAGGAGGAUCUGUCCCGACUGGAGAUGGUCCAGAGACUGGCCAAGGAUGGCUGCCGCUUCCUGCAGAACCACAGCAAGGGCCCGGAGAGGACAAGUGAGCCCCAGAGUGACGAGGCAGUCCGCGUGUGUCUGAGGGAGAGGGGCCGCGAUGUGCUGGUUCUCCAGAGAAUAUCGCCAGAGCAGCCAACCCUCUCUGCAUCGGCGAGGGGAGGGGGGAGAGAGGAGGCGAGGAACAGGAGGUUCGUGGUGGUCUCAGGGACCCCAGAGAAGAUCCUGGAGCACUUGCUGAAUGACCUGACACUAGAAGAAGACCAGGGGACAUCCCAGGGCAAAGAGUCAGAUACACUACUGGAUGAUUUUCUGCUGACCUACCCAGUGUUCAUGUCAACCAGUGAUUUAUGUCAAGCUCUGCUGGGACACUAUUGCACCAAGCGCCACAGAGGGAAGGAGGACAGGAAGGAGGCUGUGGAGAGGAAACAGAAAGUCCUUCACCUGGUGUCGCAGUGGAUGGCCCUCUGCAGAGACUUCCUGAGGGACGACGAGCAUGUCAAGCUGUUCAUGAAGACUUUGUAUCGUUACGUGUUGGAUGAUCUCUAUGAGCACCCAUCCCUGGAGAAGGAUGUGAGGGAACUGCAGAGACUGUACCAGCUGCACCGCACACAUACGGUGGAUAACUAUUCCCCUCAAAGAAAGAGCAAAGCACUUUUCCACCAAUCGAGCCUAAAAGAGAACAGGCUCCAGUCCAGAGGAACACAGAGGGAGAACAAGGAAGUGCUGUGUCACGUGUAUAUCACCAUGGACUCGUUCCUGAGUAUGAGGGCCCACGGCGGGGUGGUGGCCCAGGAGCUGCUUCAGGCCGUGGCAGAGAGGAUGGACGUCCCACUCGGGGAACUGGUGCUGGUGGCUGUCACUUACAAUGGGGGGAGGCUCCUGCUGCAGCCUCAGGACAGAGUCUUCUCUGAUUCACUACGGCCGGUGGGGAGGCUGCAUGUGUGCAGGAAGGACCUGGGUGAAGUCCUGAACCCGUUCACCGACAACUCAGAGCUCCAACAGAGGACGGCACGCAUGCUCAGUUUAAACACGUGGGACGUGGCGGUCGCUCUCACCAACUUUGACUGGACCAUCUUUGCCUCAAUACACGAGCAAGAACUGGUGUAUUUCACCUUCAGUCGCCACAGCAGCAGCAGCCACACGGUGGCGCUGGAGCUGCUGCUGCAGCGCUGCAAUGAGGUCCAGCUGUGGGUGAUGACCGAGGUGCUGCUGUGCCCAACGCUCUGCAAACGGGUCCAACUCAUCAAGAAGUUCAUCAAGAUCGCUGCUCACUGUAAAGCACAGAGGAACCUCAACUGUUUCUUCGCCAUUAUAAUGGGCCUGACCACUGCAGCUGUUAGCCGCCUCAGUCAGACAUGGGAGAAGAUGCCUGGCAAAUUCAAAAAGCUGUUUACAGAACUGGAGACAGUUACAGAUCCCUCGCUGAACCACAAGGCCUACAGGGACUCCUUCAAGAAGAUGAAGGCUCCAAAGAUCCCCUUCCCUCCUCUGCUACUGAAAGAUAUUACGUUCAUUCACGAAGGCAACAAGACGUUUCAUGAUAACCUGGUUAAUUUUGAAAAGCUGCACAUGAUCGCAGAGACAGUGCGACUCAUCCGGCAGUGUCAGAAAGAUCCCAUGGGUAACGGCAUCACCCAGAAGAGCAGCGCAGAAGUGCGAGCGUACAUCGACGACCUGCAUAUCAUCGACAAUCAGCAGACUCUGUUUGAACUGUCUCACAGGCUGGAGCCCCGUGCUUAAGAGAGCAGCUCUCACUGCACCCCCCCCCCACUGUGUCAGCCACACUGUCGGAUUGCCAAGGAACGAUUUAUCGCUGUCUCAUCUAUCUCUCAGGACUCAGUCAGCAAUCAGAGGCCGCUCAGUCAGGAGAGUGACACCACAGAUGGGACUAAGCAGAAACAGAAGCAUCUUAGGUUAAAUGCACACGUGUUUGCAUAGGUCCAUAACAGUGUCAGUGAUUCAAAACGCCUGAAAGCAGGUCCAGCUGCACGGCCAGCAGAUCUACUUCAACUAAACUGCCUGGAAGACAUCUAUAGGUCUUGAUCCAUGUGUCGAAACCAAACCUGCUGCUAUUACUUUAGUUCUUACAGGCACAAGUUGGCUGAGCUGUUCUCAGAAUGAUACAACAGCUCCCCCUAGUGGAGAAGCAGCAGGCUGCAAUAACAGCACGUUUGAAGAUGGAAGUGCUUCCCAACUGCUAAGAAAAACCCAGAACAUGAAGGUGCAAACAAAAGGUGUUGAGUUUGACUUAAAGGUCCACUUAGUAGCCUUUUACCCACACAAAUCACAUCAGAAGUGAUUGAGAUGCAGGUUCACUCAUGACACUGGACAUCUUUUUGUAUUUUUCACCAUUUAAAGAUCUGGCAGCGACAGUUUGUUUUAUCCGAGACAACCAAAGAGUAUCUCAGUCCAAUAUUGUACACACACACUUGUUUUCUUCAGACAGGAUCCAGAUGUUCUCUUUGCCAGAUGCAGGACAUGCAUCAGUAAUGAAUCAGUACACUGUAUGCACAACAAGCUGAAUCAAGAGGACAGAUUUAGGGAAAAUGAUUGUUAAAUAUUUAACAUUUUCAUAUAUUAUUUUCAUUAUGUAUUUUUACAGAAUUCCCUUACCAUAUAUUUUUUAUCGUUGAACCAGAGUGUAUGAGAUGGGGCAACUCAGAUGGUUUUAGAACAGUGAAUUAGAUAAGAAUACAAAAUGUAUUUCUUUGAUGUGUGGGAAAAGCUUUGUGUCCUGGCUGUCUGUGAGACAUAAUCACGUACAGUAUGUUAUUGCUAUAUACCAUUAAAAACGCCUGUUUAAAGUGAU